AUGCUGGGAGUGGAUUUUGACGAGGAUGGAGACGCUGACUUGCUUUUUGCAGAUUUUCCAGAUGGAAACCAGCGGCAUUUCCGCUUCUCAAGGUACUUUGAGCACGUGUCUGGCGAGUUGGUGGAACGCACUGAGGACGAGAAUCCCUUGAAGAGAUUGGGUGGGGUCCAUUGGAUUGCUGACGUAGAUGGCGAUGGACGGCCUGAGAUGCUGACCACAGGGUGGCUGGAAAGUGGGGCACAUUACAGUAAGACUCGUUUGGGCUGCGUCCGCCGUUCUGGAGAUGGUAGUUUGGUCCCAAUGCCCGAGAAUCCUUUUGCCGGCAUUACGAUCGCGCAAGGGGAAGGAUAUCAAUUUCGAGUGUUUGUGACGGACUGGAAUUCAGAUGGUCUUCCAGAUUUUCUAGUGCUACAUUUCUGGUCUGUUCGAGCGACCUGGGAGGUUGUGAGACACUUUCAACAUGUUCUGGACCUGGACAUAAAGCGAAAUACUCAAAUCGACACUUAUGAAGACAUCCAACUCCAGUACCGUGAGCCCAUCGUCGUCGACUGGAAUCAGGAUGGCUUUGAAGACGUUGUGGUGUUGCGAUGGACCUCGGACUUUGGUGGGAUACGGGCUAAGCAUUUGCAUUUGCACGAGUAUUUGGGACAAACUGUGAGAGAGGCAGAAGGUUUCUUUGAGAAUGUCACAGAGAGUUUGCAGGGACGUAACAAGGGUGUCAGGGCCACAAUGGUUGAUUGGGACCAAGAUGGAGACUUGGAUCUCCUUAUCUCGUCGGAAGCGGAUGGCAAGCUGCAUUACCACGAGAUGGUUUCUGGUACUUUGCAGAAAGAGCUUCCACAUCAUCCCUUCAGUGAAAUCACAGUAAAGUAUUGGAGCCGCGGCAAUAGCUUCUACGAAAUUCAACCCUUGGUAGUAGACUGGGACCAGGAUGGUGACUAUGAUUUGUUUCUAGGCCCCCCUGAUGGCCGCUACUUCGAGCAGCUGACAGACGGUACUCUUCGUGAGUGGCCUGUGGAGCAAAGCCCUGUCUAUAGUGUGAUGCAGUUGGCAACUGGCUACUCAGAUAGGGACAUCAGCUGGAAGUUUGUGGAUUGUGAUGAAGACGGUGACCUUGACCUCCUGCGACUCCGGUCUGAAAGUGCGGAUCAUCAGCUACAAGCAUGUGAGCACGGGCAUCUUCAUGAACUGCGAUGUGACGAUGAUUUUCAGUGCUUAGGCACCAACCUGAGCCGUUUCCACAACAAGCCAGGAGGCCCCAUGGAGGGACUUGGCAAAAUCAGUUUCUUCGAUGUGGGCAACGUUUCUGAUGGUCGCUUGAAACUCCUGGUUUCCCAUCAAAACAACAAGGGGGCCGUGUUCUGGAGUGCUGGCUUUUGUGUUCCUGUUGACCCGUGCUACAAGAAGGGUAUGUGUUUGCCUCGGCGAACACACUGCAGCUGCAUUGCAGGGCGUGAGCUAAGUGAUUGCUCAGGCUGUGAAGCCAAUUUCUACAGUGUGCAAGUGAAAGAAGGUGAGAUGCACGACUGCCAGACAUGUCCAGGUGAGGGUGGCUUGGUUUGUUAUGGCCGAGGUAAGUGCUUCGAUGAUGCGACGGCAAAGGCCUUGCCAUUGGAGUCCACAGCUGCCUCCAUGGUGACGGGCAACGGCUCAUGUAGUUGCCACGAGGUCCAUUUCUACGGAAGUGAUGACGAGGGCCGCAGCACUUGCGGGACGGGGGUUUGCCCGGCAGGCACUCAAGAGGAGGAUGGACGGUGUCGCCUUUGUACUGCGGGGUCCUUCUCACCAGAGGGCGGAACCUUUGCGGGCGAAGGGAGCAGUGCUUGUCAAACCUGCCCAGUAGAUCAUGUGUCUAGUCCAAACAGUGCUGCCUGCCAAAGCUGUCGGAGCUUUCUCAUUCGAGCUAACCCUGAUGCCAAGAAGCAAAGCUGCCAAGUGCGUGCCAUGGACAUUGUCUUUGCGCUCGUGUGCUGGCUCGUCUCAGCGUGCUUUUACUUCCUUCUCCUCACCGGCUUCUCUGGUCGAAUUCCCAUUUCGGAUGUGUCUGCUCAGGGUCAAAAGCUUGUGGUAACAACCUCCAUGGCACACUUUCUCUUGGAACGAGCUUGCCCCGUCGUAACCUUCACGGGAACAGGGGUUCCUGACUUGUCGUCUGCGUCCCACACAUGGAAAGUGAAGUCCUUGAGCUUGUAUCAAUUGACACUUCAUGGUGAAAGCACCAUGCCACUGGACACAUCCACAGGACAUCUGCAUCUCAAGCUACCACAGGUCUUUCUUUCAGCAGGUCUAUGGCGCAUUCCGCUCCUCUGGUGGAGCUUGCUUUUUCUGGCAGCUACCGCAGCUACCGCCAGCCAGCUGACUUGGUCUCUUGCCUUGGUGGCAUGUGGAUUGGGUCUUUGUGUUGGCUCCCUCGCUUUUGCCCUGCGGCGCAGGCAAGGUGAACGCACGCCGCUGGCGACGCGGCGGCGGCAGUUUCUGAAGGAGUGGCCCUUGCCCCUGGCGCGCUGCGACCGAGGACCAGAUCGAUCGAUCACGGCGGGGAAGCUUUCGGACUUCUUGCAGCGCCGAAGCAGCGGUUUUAGGGGGUUUUAGGGUUUAGGGUUCAAAAAGAAGAGGUGGGAGCAAAGGCGAGUGAGGUGAGUGUUUUUCUUCUGUUCCAGCGGGUUUGUUCCUUUUAAAACCCCCUUUUUUUCGGCGGUGAGAUGAAACGAAGGGUGUUUUUCUUCACUGAAAAGGCUUCAAAAGGGACUUCACUGCGGUUUCUCAACCACUUUUGCUGGGGCUUCGCCACCACGUGACAUGCAAGCCACAUUGGGUCAUACUUGGCAGGGGGCGGACGAUUGAGAUGACCUAGCCAAAAUAUCGGACAUUGUUGAAUUGUGUGAGGGUGGUUUUGGGUGUUGUGCUCCAUUUAAGCCAGACCCAAUAUCUUCUGUAUUUUAGCGUGUGAGUGUGUUUCCAAGGUUCUUCGACAGCUUCAUUAAGGAGCGAUCCAUGUACUAUGUUUGCACAAACCUUGUGAAACCGCUGACCGAGCCAUACCAGCUCUCCUUUGUGGAGCUUGUGGGUCCGAGCAAGAUGCAGUGGUUCGUGAGCCACUACUGGGGCAUGCCGCUCCGUCAUUUUGGUGAUGCCAUCCGAAAACACGCCCAGAGUGACCCACAAGACUGGCGCGAUUCGGCAUACUGGAUUUGCACCUUCAGUAACAGCCAGUGGCAUGUGAAGGAAGAACUGGGGAAUGGCCGCUGGCAGGAUUCGUCCUUUUAUCUUGCCUUGAGAUCUUCAGAAUGCAAAGGCACCACCAUGAUCAUUGAUGAGUUGGUUUUGCCUCUGCAAAGGAUCUGGUGCCUGUUUGAAGUGUACCAGACCAUUUUGCUUUCCCAAAGUGGUCACUUCCAAGGCUUGCUGUUGUGCACUUCUACUGGUGUCUUGCAGCAGGGUAAAGCUGGCACGGAUGUGGCAGUGGCGGUCGCCCAAACGGUCGCACAGCUCGACACUCGCAGCGCUCAAGCAACAGCUGAAGAAGAUCGGCAGAUGAUUCAUUCUCUCAUUGAACAAAUGCCUGGGGGCUUCGAUGCCAUGAACACUUUUGUCCGUGACACGAUUUCCGGUGCUUUGCAGGCCUCCCAUUUGCAUUACGAGAGUACCUUGAAACAUUUGAUGCAGAACUUGACCACGCAGGGUGUCUCCGGUGCUUCCCGCAGUGCCUCCGGCAGUGCCUCCGGCAGUGCCUCCGGCAGUGCCUCUGGUGCUCCUUUGCCGACGCUUCUGACCGCCAAACAGCCAGGGAAGGAGAUGAAAGCAGGCACCAAUUAGUCUGCUGUGGAUCCUUCAGAUGUGUGGGAACCGACCAUCCAUUCAUUGUCGCUGGCGCUCUUUUUUAUGGAUGCGACGCAGUCGCUGGAAGUAUGCUUGGAACUGAGCGUCGCGUAGUCUUAGUGCCUUUGUUUCAAUAAUAGCACAGUCAUCCCAAAUUCCUGAAUGCUUGUGAGCAGAAUCAUC